AUGGCCGCUUCUCGCCGCUCCUCUGUUCAGCUGCCCGUCGCCGACCCGGCGGCGGAUCGAGACCAAGUCCGGCUGCGCCAGCUGGGCUACAAGCAGGAGCUCAAGCGAGGCCUCUCCGUUCUUUCCAACUUCGCCUUGUCUUUCUCCAUCAUCUCCGUGUUCAUGGGCGUGACCAUCACCUACAACACCGGCCUGCGCUACGGCGGCCCGGUGUCCAUGACGCUGGGGUGGUUGCUCGUCUCCGCCCUCAACGGCUGCGUGGCGCUGUCCAUGGCGGAGAUCUGCUCGGCGUACCCGACCUCCGGCGGGCUCUACUACUGGAGCGCCAAGCUCGCCGGCAAGGACUCACUGGAUGGUUCAACAUCGUGGGACAGGUACGCCGGCCCGAUCAUUCUUCCUCCACAGCUUGUGCAGGUGAUCGCGCUGCUUGACACCGGAGGCCUCAACGGCGGCGGCUACACGGCAUCCAAAUACGUCGUGCUGGCCAUCUAUGGUGCCAUCCUGGUCACACGGCUUAAUGAACAGCCUCCCCAUCCAGUACCUCGCAUGGUUCGGCCAUCUCGGAGCAUUCUGGAAUACCGCAGGUACAUUUGCUCUGGUGAUCAUCAUUCCAGCCGUUGCGACGGAGAGGGCGAGCACGGAGUUCAUCUUCACACAGACAAUGGCAUGGGGAUCCACGACAAGGCUUACAUUCUUGCCUUGGGGCUGCUGAUGAGCCAGUACUCGCUCAUCGGCUAUGACGCAUCUGCACACAUGACGGAGACGAAGAACGCGGACUGGAGUGGCCCAAUGGGGAUCGUCACCUCCGUUGCUCUGUCCAGCGUCUUGGGAUGGAUUUACCUGGUGGCCUUGGCGUCGCUGAUGACGGACAUCCCCUACCUCCUAGACCCCGGCGGGUACGCCGUUGCCCAGGCGCUGUACGACGCUUUCCGCAGGAGGUUCGGCAGCGGCGUCGGAGGCAUCGCGUGCUUGGGGAUCGUCGCCGUCACCACCUUCCUCUGCGGCUCUGCGUGCGUCACCAGCAACUCAAGGAUGGGGUAUGCCUUCUCCAGAGACGGAGCGGUGCCAUUCUCGAACAUAUGGUACAAGGUGAACAAGCAGGAGGUGCCCUUGAACGUCGUCUGGCUCUCCGUGUCCGUGCCCGGCUGCAGCAGCAGGGAUACAAGCGGAGCUCAAGCGCGGCCUCUCUGUCGUUUCCAACUUCGCCUUCUCCUUCUCCCUCAUCUCCGUGCUGACGGGCGUGACGACGACCUACAAAACCGGGCUGCGCUACGGUGGGCCGGCGUCCAUGACGCUGGGCUGGCUCAUCCUGGCGCUCUUCAACGGCUGCGUGGCACUGUCCAUGGCGGAGAUCUGCUCCGCCUACCCGACCUCCGGCGGCCUCUACUACUGGAGCGCCAAGCUCUCCGGCGAGGACUGAGCGUCCCUUGCUUCAUGGGUCACCGGAUGUGGACUGGUACGGCGAGCGUGGACUUCUCUCUGGCGCAGCUCAUCCAAGUGAUGGUCCUGCUGGGCACCGGGGGAGCCAACGGUGGCGGCUACAUGGCCUCCAAGUACGUCCUGCUCGCAAUUUACGCCGCCAUCCUGACAGAAGAGACGAAGAACGCAGACUGGAGCGGGCCGAUGGGGAUAGUCGCUUCCGUUGCUCUGGCGAGCGUGUUCGGAUGGGUUUACCUGCUGGCCCUGACCUCGGCGGUGACGGACGACAUCUCGUACCUCCUCAACGCCGGUGGAUACGCCGUCGCGCAGGCUCUGUACGACGCUUUCCGCAGGAGGUUCGGCAGCGGCGCCGGAGGGAUCGUCUGCUUGGGGAUCGUCGCCGUCGCCGUCUUCAUCUGCGGCUCCACCAACGUGACCAGCGACUCGAGGAUGGCGUAUGCCUUCUCCAGGGACGGGGCCGGCGAUGCCGUUCUCGCGUGUCUGGCACCGGGUGAACAGGCACGAGGUGCCCUUCAACGCCGUCUGGUUCUCCGUCGCCGUCGCAUUCGUCAUAGCUCUUCCGUCACUGGGGAGCCAGGUGGCGUUCCAGGCGAUGGUCUCCGUGGCGACGACGGGGCUGUACAUCGCCUACGCGCUGCCCAUCCUCUUCCGCGUCACGACGGCGCGGGAAUUCUUCGUCCCGGGGCCGUUCCACCGCGGGCGGCGCUGCAGCCUCGUCGUCGGCUGGGUCGCCAUCGCCUGGGUGGCCCUCCUCACCGUCCUCUUCUCCCUGCCGGUGGCGUAUACCCCGUCGCCGAGGCCAACUUCAACUACACGCCCGUCGCCGUCGGCGGCGUGCUGCUGCUCAGCGUCGGCGCGUGGGUGCUUCACGCCCGGUUCUGGUUCCAUGGACCCGUCACAAACGUUGCCACCGGCCAUCGUUUGGGCUAUCUCAGGAUUAACUAUUUGCACUUGUAA